AUGGCGGUCCGCAAAGAUAAAACCGCAGAAGCCCAAUUCGCACAGAUUCUCGACGACGCAAGCAAAUUGUACUCAGACUCGUCCAAACGCACCCUCAAAGACUUCCUCAACCCGCCCAUAAGUAACGUCAAAGACCUCAUAUCCCAAGUCGACAAGCAAAAUGAGCAAUUCGCAAAGUUUCGCGAGAAGCGUCAGUCUAUCUUUAGCGCUCUUGCUGCCUGUCUUGACCCAGUAGAGACCAUUGGGCAAAUCGUGAGUGGCGCUGCAGCUGAGACCUUUGCGCCGGCCGAGGGCAUCUUUGGAGCCGUUACGUAUCUUAUUAGUGCUGCGCGCGAUGUUUCGUCUGCUUAUGAUACUAUCGUCGAGCUGUUUGAGCUGUUGAAGGACUUUACUUCACGAUUAGAUGUCUACGUGCAAUAUCGCAUGGGAAGUGCACUACGAAAUAAAGUUGUUACAAUUCUAGCACAGCUUUUUGAAGUUUUUGUCCUAGCAGCCAAAGAGAUUCGUCGCGGUCGCUUCAAGGCGUACUUCAGAACCCUCUUUGGCAAAGGCACGCCCGUGCAGGAAGCACUGGACAAUCUCAAGGCUCUCAACAUUGGAGAAGAGAGACAGGUUCUUGCUGAUACGUAUGGAGGUGUGAGCAAGCUCAAUGUCACGACGGAGAAUAUGCAGAGCAAGCUGGAGGAGAUGAACCAGACCAUGAUGCAGAUACGCUCAGAGGGACGGGAACGUACGAUUGCGGCGCAUCAGGACAAGCUGAAGGAGAUACUCGAUCCUUCGCCUUUUCCGGUGGACUUUUUUAAUAUGUUCAAUAAGUCGAGAGCCGAGUCGACUGGAGACUGGAUCUUGACAGAUGGUGGAUUCAGAGCGUGGAUGGAUAACAAGACCAACUUUCUCUGGAUAACAGGCGCAGCAGGUACCGGAAAGUCAUAUCUCACCACUCGUCUCAUCUCAUGGGGUUCAGAGAGAAUCCCUCGCCUGGCAUACUUCUACUUCCGCGACAACAACCCAGAAACCCGUUCAGUUCUCCAAGCUUUACGCGACGUCGCAUACCAGCUCAGCGAAAGCGAUCCUUUCUACGCAAAACAGCUCCUCAAAAACGUACACAGCAUCGAUGAGAUUCGCACAAUCCCCAGUGCAUACCGCAAGCUCUUCGUCGAGCCCUUCCAGCAGGAAGCACAAGCGAAGACCAUCUACAUCUUCCUCGACGGUAUUGACGAAGCGGACUCUGCAGGCGUGGAAGAAUUACUCGAACAGAUGGGCUCAGAUGAUGAAUCUGUUCGAAGACCGAAACACGUCACUAUCCAAGUUGCUCUUAUUGGAAGGACAUACUUGACUGAGACGGUGACAUACACUCUCGAUCCUGCUAAUCGUGGCAGUCAAGUCAUAACAACCCUCCACGUGACGCCCGAUCGCAACGCAGAAGACGUAAAGCUCUACAUAGAAGACAGCGUCUGGCAUCUCCGCAACCUCAGCCGCACACCACCCGACUUCCGUCAAAAGAUCAUCGACGCGAUGGUCAAACAAGCAGAUGGGCUCUUCAUCCUCGCCAAGUUUAUGAUCGAGGAUAUUAGCCGCAAGCGACACCCGCAGAGUAUUCUUACAAGUCUGCAGUCAUAUCCCAAGGAGAUUAACGGCAUCAUCGCGCAGACGCUCAAGAAUCUUUCUGAAGCGCUGUAUGAGGAACAGAAGAGGGAUCUGCAGGAGAUGCUACAAUGGGCUGCGUGCGCGGAGGAAGUCUUGUCGCUGGAGCAAUUGGAGGCUGUGCUGAUCAUGCGCUUUGGGGAUCCGCCAUUCCAUCUUGAAGAGACGCUUCGAGGACAGUAUGCGUGCUUUUUUGAGCUUGAGAGAGAGGAUGGGUUGACGACAGAUGAUCUUAUCCGUGAGCACGAAAAGCAGCAGCGCAUUAAAAACGGUGAUCUAGGAUCUGGAAGACGUUCAAGUUCUGCGAGCAGACCAGGUUCUGGAAGAAGUGGAAGUCCAAAGAGUCCUACCAUCUUUGGUCGUCAAACCGGGACUCCUGAUCUUUCACGAAACCUUUCUCCUCUUCGACGCGCCAGUCCGACGCAUGCAUUAAGUCCUGUGCGAGGAAGUCCCGGUCGUGGUGUCAGUCCGGCAGCUAACUCUGACCUUUUCGAUCCUAUGAGCGACAUGGACUUUCGUUCAAGCAAGACACAUACUUGGAUUACUUUCUUCCACUCUUCCAUCAAAGGCUUCUUCAGCACAGAAAAUUCCUCCAAGUACGGCUCGGGAAUUGGCUUCGAUCCCCUCGUCUCGCGAAUCCAUAUUUUGAAGACCUGUCUCUCUAUCUUCACCGACAAGUCUGCUUUCGAGAGACAUCGCCUUGGACCUAGCGGUCGCGAGUCCAUUAAGCAAUAUGCUGCUUGGUACUGGCAGGAACAUUUAGCCGUGCUCGAUCCCGCAACGGUCCCUGCGCCCGAGAAGAAGAUUCUGGGCGAGUAUGUGUACAAGAUGCUAACUGACGAUAACAUCAUUCUUGAUUGGACACUCAUGUACGAGAAGAAUGACGAAGGUCUCGAGGUUCUUACAGACGCCAAUAUGAAGGGUCUUAAACGAUGGAUGGGCGAUGCCGAUGUCCUUGCCUCUUUGAACCCCGAAGCUCGUGAGUGGGCUAGCAAAAGCGUCAAGGAAUCGCCCGGCAUCUUCAAACCCAUCGGCGACCUAUACGCCCGCGCUUGGUUAUCCGAAAAGUUCGAAAAAUACAUCCCAACACUCUUCUGCUUCAAGAUCGUACAGUCAAUUGCGUUUAUGCAAGAGGGAUACUCCUGGUCAGACUGCAACACACACUGGACCGAGAUCCCCAUCGACACUCGUCUCGUCAAAGCAUCUGAGUGGGCGAAGAUCCCAGAAAGUGCUCACUGGCACAGGAGAUUUGGAAGCACGUACCUCACCAACGGUAUGCACACCAAGGCGUUGGGACACUACGAUAGGGCCCUUGUUCUCGAUAAUAACAGCGUCGAGACGCGCGGUCGCAUUGCGUACUGUCUGUCGUGUGAUGGUCGUUUCAAGGAAGCGCUAGAGCAAGCGCUUAAGUGUGAGACUAUUGAGCGCGAGAGCAUUGAUAGUGGAAAGCUUGAUGAGCAGGCUUUGAAGAGCUGUAAAUGGCGCUUGUACAAGGAUCACAUCCUCAUUGCGUGCUGCUACGAGGAACUCAACAAAGUCGACCAGGCACUCGAGUAUUUUAUCAAGUCCAUUACAAGCGCCAAGGAUGUCGGUCUCGAUCGCAAGGAGUGCAAGGAGUACUUUGAGCCAGAGCUUGGAUAUCUUGAGCUCUUGGCUACAGAAAACCGUCAUGAGGCUGUCAUCAAGUUCCUCGAGCAAAUGUCCGAGCAAGUCACCGACGCAGAGCAAAGUCGUACUCGUCUUGUAGACUUUCUGCUUGAGUUUCAUAACAAACCUCUUGUUAUCGACUGGAUUCCCAAAGCUGCCAGCAAAGUCGGCGCGACAGAGUUCGUGUACGAUCGGUUGCAGUUCACCAUCGACGUCGCUACCGCAACACGCGAUCCUCUCAAGGCGUUGUAUCUGCGUCUAGCCCUCGGCGCGACAUACACAUACAGUCGAGACAUUGAAGCUGCGCUCGAUCUCUUCGAGGGUAUAACACAACUCGGCUACCGCCCCCGAGGCAAUGUUCCCACACGACAAGCUUACGCACUCGCAUUCCAGAAACUCGCAUCGCUAUAUAAAGAGCGCAUUCUUCACGCAGGUCUCAGAACAAAGGAAGCGGACGAAUGGCUUGAAGAGCUAGAGAAGAUCAAACACAAGCAAAACCGACACCAGAACCAUGAUAUGCCAAUUGAAAUGGUCGGAUCAGAUGUCAAUAUUGCGGCUAUCUACAUGAUCCUCUUCAACCGCCUCCUCGGUCGAAACCCUUCCACAGACCGCGAUCUCCGCGCUCUCAUAAACGACAGUUUAGAUAUUCUAUCGGACGACGAUGUGUCAAACGACGAAUACGCCCUUGAUAACCUCCUCGGGCUCUUCAUCGCAGCCGACGACAUCGAAAACGCCGUGGCCCUUGCCCAAUCCAUGCGCAAAGUCGAUCCCAAGAUCCUCGCCUCCACACCCGAAGAUUCACCCGUCCUUCAACGUCUGGACCCCAAACUCCCCGAAAUUCAGACCAUGCGCCAAAACUGCGCGCAGUGCCUAGACCUUAUUCCUCCUUCGGAUGAGUACUUUAUCUGCGAGUUCUGUAUGGAGACGUACGAUACCAAGUGUAUGUCUGUCAUCAAGGGUGAGGGAAAUAAGACGAGUGAUCAUAGGGAUGAUUUGAUCUGUAGAAGUGAUCAUAAGUGGUUCAGUGUACCGCCGUUAAAGAGGGUUUUGCAUAGAGGGGAGAUUCUGCUUGGGAAUGGGAAGGUUGCGAGUUUUGGGGAGUGGAAGGCUGGGUUAGAGCAGAAAUGGGGACGCAAGAAGUAG